AAGAGGCGCCACCGUGUUCCCUUGUUCUCUCUUCUGAGGUUAAAAUUGAAACCUUUGAAGCCGACAAAAACCAAACCAACAGCUUAAUCGAAGAGGGAUUCAGAGAAUACAAAGAAGAAGAAGAAGAGCAUCUCCCACGGGAUGGGGAGAGCAAGAAAAACCCCCAAGUUUGCAGUUAUGAAAAAGCUUGUAAGCUCAAAAACUCUUAAGAAACACAAAGAAGAGAUUCUAAACCCCAAUAAGAAAGAUCUCGAAAAGCUGAAACUCCCAAGAAAUGUGCCAAAUGUUUCUUCUGCGCUUUUCUUCAAACACAACACUGCACUGGGACCGCCUUAUCGGGUUUUGGUUGAUACCAACUUCAUCAAUUUUUCCAUUCAAAAUAAGUUGGAUUUGGAGAAAGCAAUGAUGGACUGUUUAUAUGCAAAAUGUACCCCCUGCAUCACCGACUGUGUCAUGGCAGAACUGGAGAAGUUAGGUCAGAAGUACCGUGUAGCUCUCAGGAUUGCCAAGGAUCCUCGAUUUGACAGACUGCCUUGUACUCACAAAGGAACUUAUGCUGAUGAUUGCAUUGUUGAUAGAGUUACUCAGCAUAAGUGCUACAUCGUUGCCACAUGUGAUCGAGACUUGAAGCGGAGGAUUCGCAAGAUACCUGGUGUGCCAAUCAUGUAUAUCACUCAGCAUAAGUACUCAAUUGAACGGCUGCCAGAAGCAACAAUUGGUGGAGCUCCAAGAUACUGAUAGUGCAGAUCUGACCUUUCAGCAAGGGGAAGAGCAUUGGUUCUGUUCCAUUUCUAGUUUACGUAGAACAUUUAUUAGCUGAGAAUUUAGUGUUGCUAUUUCCCAAUUUUGUUGGAAUUUUCCUUUUGGAUUUUAAUUCCAUAGUACGUAUAAUUUAAUUUACUCUAAAAAAUGGUGAUAUUAAAGCCAUGGAAUGGAUCGGUACAACAUAAUGUACAUGCACAGGUGGACUUCUAGUUUGACAGGGGACCUUACUAACUUGGAUGACUUUUAUUGUGGUCACAAGAUCAGUAACAAAAACUUGUGUAGUGCUGUUGUAUAAGAGGCGACCUUGGAUCUUCUUUCCCUUUGUUGAUAACAACUGGUGUAUUCCUCA